GCUGUGUCUAAAAUGUUUGUGCAGUCGAUUAAAUGUGGAUUGUUUCGGAAAUGUGGAGUACUCUUGACGCACAAGAAUGGAACAGCUGAUCAGCUAGCGCCCGUUGUUCUACAAAGACUUCUGUUCGAUAAAACAUAUCAUGUAAGCAGUGGACGACUUGGUGCAGUUAAACUGACACACAAUCAGAAACCAGACUGGAACAAAGCUGUCUCCGAAGCAGAAAAAAUAGUUGGAUACCCUACCUCAUUUCUCAGUUUACGGUGGCUUUUAAGCGACGAAAUUGCGAACGUUGCUCUCCACCUCAGGAAAUUAGUGGGUUCAAACCACCCUCUGCUGAAAACUGCUAAGGGUUUGUUAUACAAUGGUCGCAAUAACAUGCAAGCCUGGGGACUAAUUGUACUGCUAAUUUCCAAAGCUGCAGGACAUUUGAAUGUGGAAGAAAUGGAGGAAGAUAAAGCAGCAGGGGUUCUACACAGUCAGCGAGCCUUAGCAGAAGUUACAGAAAUGAUCCGCACAAGUCACCUGGUCCAUAAAGGCAUGGUUAAUAUAUAUCCUGGCCUUUACCCUGAAGCUGCUGAUCUGGGUGAUAUGACUUUUGGCAACAAGAUUGCUUUGCUAAGUGGUGAUUACUUGCUGGCUAAUUCUUGUAUGGAGCUGGCAUCUCUGCGAAAUCAAGAUCUGGUUGAGUUGAUGAGCAGUGCUGUGAGAGAUUUAGCUGAAGCUGAAUUUGUGGGAAGGCGAGACAAGCAGAACAAUCCAUUACCUUGGCCUCCAGGUACUCCAGGUUAUCGUGAUGCUGAAGAAGACUGGACAAUACGUAAUGUGCUUUCUGCUGGUAGCUUGCUUGGCAAAUCAUGUCAAGGAACACUCAAACUUGCGGGGCAUGGACCGCAACUGCAGCAACAAGGGUACCUCUUUGGCAAACACCUUGCCCUUGCUUGGCAGGCAUGCCUUGAUCUUGAACCUUUUGCAUCACAUUAUACACCAGAUUCGCCCUUUAACUUGACAUCAGCACCUAUAUUGUUUCAUUUAGAACAUGAUGCGACACUUUACAAGGAAAUAGAGAAAGGGCAUGAAUCGGUGCUGAAUGUUGAUUACACCAAGGUACACAGCAUUGUCCAAAAAGGCCCUGGAAUCAAACGUACAAAACAACUUCAAAAAAAGCACUCCCAGAAAGCAAUGGAAGUUCUAAAAGUGUUUGAUGAAAGUGAUGCUCGUACUGCACUGUCAAACAUUAUAGUUGCUAUGGGUGAACUGUAAGUGUAUGUACUGUGGAAAAAAAGUAAAUCAGUGGAAAAAUCA